UGUGAUCCGUACGGACGCGAUUUCUUCUGUUUUCUUUUCUCGUUUUUAAAAAACGCGAUUUCUUCUUUUCUCUUUCUCCUCUUAUCUUAAUAAGCAAUGGCGUAACGUUUUUAUGUCUUUUUCCAAUCUAAAGAAUUCUUUUUUUUUUCUUUCUCUCGUCUUGUGUCUACUCAUCAACCUCUGGCUGUUAAUGUUGUCUCUUGUCUCUCUCCUUAAUUUCCAGGAAAAAAACUCUUUCUCCUGAAGUUGUUAAAUAGAUCUGCGUUCAUACAACACCCUUAUUCCUCAUCAGUUCUUUAUUCAAUUCAAUUUCUUUCUUCAUAAAUAAUCUAUCUUUCUCUGUUUUGACAGGAACCCAACUUUUCAAAAAAAAUACAUUUCUUUUUUGGGUUUAAACUAAGUCAGCUCAAAAGUAUCAUCAAUAUUCCCACUUGUUUUCAUUCAUAAAGUUUCAAUCUUUUUUCUCUGUUCUUUAAGACAUGAAUUGUCUGUUCUUGUUCAAAUCAAAGAAACCAACAAAUCAACAGAAAGACAAAGACAAGAAGAAGAAGAAGAAGAACAGAAGGAAAGGCAAAGAAUUGUUACAAAACUCAGCUCCAGAGCUAACGAAUCGGAGUGAAACGCAGUCGUUUAAUCUCCAGACGCCGAGAUCGUUGCCUUCUCCAAGAAGCAUCAAAGAUUUGUAUACAGAGAGAGAACAGAAUCUUAGGGUUUUCACUUACGAAGAACUCAGUAGAGCCACUUAUGGGUUUAACAGAAGGCUUAAGAUCGGUGAAGGUGGAUUCGGUAGUGUUUAUAAAGGAAAGAUUCUGACCACUGGAGGAGCUGAUUCUGAUCCUCCACUUGUCGUCGCCAUUAAGAAACUCAACCGACAAGGUUUACAGGGUCACAAGCAAUGGCUAGCAGAGGUACAGCUUUUAGGGGUAGUGAAUCAUCAGAACGUUGUGAAACUCAUAGGUUAUUGCUCAGAGGACGGUGAGAACGGCAUCGAGAGGCUUUUGGUUUAUGAGUACAUGUCGAAUAAAAGUUUAGAGGACCAUCUCUUCACCCGUGGAUCACGCACAUUACCGUGGGGAAAAAGACUCGAGGUCAUGCUUGGUGCAGCUGAAGGAUUGGCUUAUUUACAUGACCUCAAGGUUAUAUAUAGAGAUUUCAAAUCAUCUAAUGUGCUCUUAAACGAUGAAUUCUAUCCGAAAUUAUCGGACUUUGGGCUUGCCAGAGAAGGACCAGAGGGGGACAAUACUCAUGUCACAACCGCAAGAGUUGGUACACACGGCUAUGCAGCUCCGGAAUACGUGCAAACCGGUCAUCUUCGCGUAAAGAGUGAUGUCUACAGCUUCGGUGUUGUGCUGUACGAGAUCAUAGCCGGACGCCGAACCAUUGAGAGGAACAAGCCAGUAGCUGAACAAAGGCUAUUGGAUUGGGUCAAAGAGUAUCCUGCUGAUAGUCAACGCUUCAGCAUGAUCGUUGACCCUAGGCUACGAAACAAUUAUCCAGCUGCUGGAGCUAAGAGUUUGGCUAAAUUGGCUGAUCUUUGUCUAAAAAAGAACGAUAAAGAACGACCCACGAUGGAAAUUGUAGUGGAAAGAUUGAAAAAGAUCAUCGAAGAAUCCAGUAAUGAAGAUUAUCCGAUGCCUGUGACUACGACUAAGGAAAGUAGUCAGGUAAGGAGGAGACAAGUUGCAGAACCUGUGAAACCAAGUUUGAGAGGAGGUGUUAGUGUUAGAGGAUGAUUUUGAGUUUAGAAGCUUUUUUUGCAGUUUUAUUACUAAAUAAGUUAAUGGUUUUUACAAUUUGUUGGUUUAUUGUGAGAGAUUAGCGGUAUAUUUAUUGUGUGUUUAUAAAUGAAAUUUAAUACAGCGAAUGAGAAGAGAGAAUCAUUGGAGGUUUUAAAAAUGUAUUUUACUGUUGAUAACGUUACAUCUUAGCCAAA